AUGGCACCUGGGGGCUUCGUGGAUUGGUGGGGAAAAGCCAUCAAUAAAGAGGUGCAUGGCGGAGUCAGAGCAGCGUGGUUUUUGUAUGUUCUGACUGUGGUAACCAACGUGGUUAUUGUCCCAAACCUGCUGAAUCUGGUCACUUACCUCCACAGAACAAUGCACAUGGGGGUCUCAGGCUCUGCAACUACAGCCACUAAUUUUAUUGGUGCCACAUCUGGCUUUGCACUGAUAGGAGCUUUCCUCUCGGACUCCAACAUUACUCGCUCUAGAACUAUGCUCCUCUUUGGUCCGUUUAUGUUUCUGGGAUACGGAUUGCUAGCACUGCAAGCCUACCUUCCCUCGCUCCACCCACCACCUUGCAACAGUGAAGCAGAGGUAAACAACUGCAAAGAGGGCCGAUUCUCAUAG